AUGCGCCAACUCGCAAUAAGAUCGCUAGAUGGAUCUGUUCUAGCCAGUUUCACCCCCGCCAAGUACUCGUUAAUCCGUUUCCAACUCCGAGCAAGUUUCCCCCGCUCGUUUUCCAGCUCGCGAAGCACAGCGUCCACCACCACCACCACCAACCAGAGCUUCCAGGUCCCUGUCGGAAACAAUGGGCAUGUUUCAUUGAAUGUGGUCCAUGCUUCGUCGUCAACUGUGCCAAAUCGAGCAAAUGUGAUUAUCCAUCUGCCUCCAGGCCCGGUAUUUCGCAACGACGAUAAACCCCAAACACACACAUAUGAUACCAGCUUGAGCCCUGCUGGCAAUGAAGAUGCCAAGGUUGCUGACGCCUUGGCGUCUGCCACAUCCUCGACAGUGGUGACAAUCAACUAUCGCUUAGGAGCUGUUCCAACCUCGAAUAAUCAGUCCGUGUACAGAUACCCGACGCCAGUCCACGAUACACUCGCCGGGUAUGACUGGGUGUUGCGGAACCUUCAGCCCGGGCGCAUUGGUGUCAUCGGCACACAUGUCGGCGGCUCCUUAGGGCUGAUGCUUGCUCUGACCGAAGCACAAUCCAUACGUGCUGUGGCAGCCAUCGAGCCCAUAUGUGACUGGACCGGGUUGGAUGAGUACUGCGAUCUUACCGGGAACGAUCCAUUGGAGCAGGAGAGCAUUACUACCAAGAAACCCAGGGGUCGAAGUCGUGCUCUCGCCCCGCCAGAUCUAGUUCCGCUUCUCGAAGCUCGGGAGAGAUUCUUUACUACACCGGAGCGUUACUUUGAUGCCUUUGCUUCGCCUGUUCUCUUCUUACGAUCUCCGGGCAAGGAUGUCCCCAAGAUCAUCCCGAGAUACCAGACGGGCCCCGAGUAUCCAAUCCCUGUGCUUUUGCACAAAAAAAGGCCCGGGGGAUCUAUCGAGGAUCUCGAUAUCAACACACUGCAGAGUGAUAUUUACGAUUUCUCCACAACACCUUCAGAUCGAAAUUCGGAUCCCGAAUUUGCAGUUGAAGCCAACAUUGAAAAUGAAAGGCGACCCAUCCGCCGUCGCAAAGCGCUCCACCGUUGGCCCCCGUAUGGCUUGGACUAUGGCGUUAGCGGCUCCUCCUACUCCCGUGCUUACAACCAGGGCAUCAAGAGGCUUGAGGUGGCACUUCCUAGGAUCAAUAUUUUUGUCGGCGAUGACAAGAAUGAGCGUGGAGACCCCACUCCUGCACCCGAUGAGAAACGGCCGACUUCCCGCAGUACCAGAAAAUUGCAACGUCGACCCGUUCUGGUAGACCAGGCUAAUGAGAUGGUCGAUGUCAUGCGCAAGGCAUGUUUCUGGGGUCGAGAAAAGGGGUUCGGAGAGAGUAGAGUCACUCUUUCGCAAAUGCGAUUUGACGCUGGGGCAAUAUCUAACACGACGGAUGCAGGCAAAUGGAUGGGCGAUGCAUUAGCGGACGAAAAGUGA